AGGCACCGCCCCCGGUCAUGCCGCUCACAGGGGCUGGGAAUGUGGGAUCGGGAACUCGAUCGGGAGCGUGAUCCUGAUCCUUGGUGGGCGGAACUCGGCCCGUCCGAACGGUGCCGCCGUGACUUCUGUAGCGGACAGCCGGCUUCCCUUCCGCGUCGUGCCGUGCCGUGUAUGGGAGUGCUGGGAAAAGCGAGCGAGACGCGGUCUAAUCUGAUUGCCAGGAGGUGGCGCCAUGAGUGAGGCAGAGGGCCAGUUCUACAGCGUGCAGGUGGGCGACUCCACCUUCACCGUGCUGAGGCGCUACCAGCAGCUGCGGCCCAUCGGUUCCGGUGCCCAGGGCAUCGUCUGCUCGGCGGUCGACACGGUCCUGGGCAUCCCUGUGGCGGUGAAGAAGCUGAGCCGGCCCUUCCAGAAUGAGACCCACGCCAAGCGGGCCUACAGGGAACUGGUGCUUCUCAAGUGCGUCAACCACAAAAACAUCAUCAGGCUCAUCAAUGUCUUCACACCACAGAAGUCGCUGGAGAAGUUCCAAGAUCUGUACCUGGUGAUGGAGCUGAUGGAUGCCAGCCUGUGCCAGGUGAUCCAUAUGGACUUGGACCACGAAAGGAUGUCCUACCUCCUGUACCAGAUCUUGUGUGGCAUCCGACACCUUCACUCUGCUGGCAUCAUCCACAGGGACCUGAAACCCAGCAACAUCGUGGUGAAGUCUGACUGCACCCUGAAGAUCUUGGACUUCGGCCUGGCCAGGACGGCCUGCACCAACUUCAUGAUGACCCCAUACGUGGUGACGCGAUACUACCGGGCCCCCGAGGUUAUUCUGGGAAUGAAGUACAAGGAGAACGUGGACAUCUGGUCAGUGGGAUGCAUCAUGGGGGAGAUGGUCAAAGGCGGCGUCAUCUUCCAGGGCACAGAUCACAUUGACCAGUGGAACAAGGUUAUCGAGGUCUUGGGCACACCCUCGGUGGAUUUCAUGAGCCGCUUGAUGGAGACGGUGAGGAACUACGUGAUGAACAAGCCGCAGUACCCGGGCCUGAGCUUCACCGAGUUGUUCCCCGACUGGGCCUUCCCAUCUGACACGGAGCAGGACCUGCUGAAAACUAGCCAAGCUCGUGACCUGCUGUCCAAGAUGCUAGUGAUCGACCCCGAGAGCCGAAUCUCUGUGCAGGAGGCUCUGAACCACCCCUACAUCCAUGUGUGGUACGACCCCAGCGAAGCUGAUGCCCCUCCUCCGCAGAUUUCGGACAAACAGCUCGAGGAGCGAGAGCACAGCAUCGAUCAGUGGAAAGAACUGAUAUAUGAAGAGGUGAUGGACUGGGAAGAACGGAACAAAAACGGGGUGAUGAAGGAAGAAUCUUCUGAUGUGACAGUGAACUGCGGUGCCACCAUCUCCCAGUCAUCUUCCGUCAAUGACUUUUCCUCCAUGUCCACGGAGCAGACGCUGGCCUCAGACACGGACAGCAGCAGUGGUGACCUGGCGGGGGCUCUGGAGGACUGCCAGUGAGCCCAUCCCACAUUCAGACUCGUCUUUUCCGUCAUUCGUCUCAUCCAGCACUUCUGUGUCCCUCAUUUCAUCUAUCCCUCGACAAAUCCUAUCGCCACCCACAAUCGCUCUUUUAUCUCCGUCACCUGCGACAACGGCAGACCUGUAUGCCAAUGAAACGCAGAUGUUUGCACAUUUGAAGGUUUCUGUUUUUAUGUAAGAAAGAAGCGGCAAAUCAGGCAUGGUCAGUUGAAUGUAAUCGCGCCGGGCUGCACUUUGCUUGAAUGACUCCACAUGGAAAAUAAAAAUGAACACUUCCAGAGAAUAUUUGAAACCGAGGUUAUCAUCGCAUUUUAAGAGUGAAUGUUAAAUUCUCCCCUGGGUAAACUGUUUAGUGGUUUACUGAUUUAUUUUUAUUUUUUUUAAAUUGACAAAUUCUGCUUUUUGAAUGAUCAGAGCACCUGUUACGUAUUUUGUAGAAGUACCAGGCACAGGAUCUGCAUGCCUCACACCAGCCCUGCCCCCUACACAUGCCGUGUUAUCGUGGCUUCCUGUUAUGUAUGAAUGCAUAAGGAAUAUGUUUGAUUCGCUGCCUUAGGUUUUCUUCAUCCCAUGAGGUCCUCAUGGCUGUCACCUGAACCAAUGCAGGCUGACAGGAAGGAAAUUAAGAGGUAUAAUCACACCUUGGAACAGCUGUGUAAUACAGUUUGUCUUUUUUACCAUAAGUUUAAUGCCUUUUGGAUUUAACUGACAAAAUUAUGCAGUGCUGUGUGCUUUGUCCUGCCAUUCUGCAAAUGUAAUUCAUAUUUAGUAGAUGGAUCAUCCGUAUCGCAAGUUUAACUUGUUUUGCUCUUUUGGAAACAUUUUUUUAAAUUAAUGUACCAUGGAGGAUAAAGGGAAAUGACAAACUCAAUGGAAUGUAAAAUAAAAGUUAGACUUGAUAGAAAAAUUAGAAUCAGGAGCAUCAUCCAUCAUGUUUCUUUAUGACAGAUAUUGUGUGAAAUAUAUGGAAAAGAAAAAGUGAAUUCAAACUCAUUUGUAAGCCAAGAAAACGCUGUUUUAACUUAAAAACGGGUGGCUUCAAAAUAUUUGAUUUAUCUCGUAUAUAAUUUGUUGGUUUCUCUUUUAUGAUUUUUUUUUAAUUUAAAAUCACUCAUAUCAGACACCUCGCUCCCCCCAUUUUGGCCAGUCCAGCUUGUAAAGUAAGCAGUAUUAUUGUCAUUUAAAAUACAGUUGAUUGAUUGGAUUUUUUUCACACUGAUUGUUCCAGUUGCAUAAUCUUUAUGUAACACAUGAGAGUGGGCUGAAGGGAGGUUAUCUGUAACAAAAAAUGCUUUUUUGUAUCUCAGCAUUCAUAGUGUCAAGGAUUGUUGUAGUUUGACAUAUAGACUGUUCUGCUGCAUGUGCUUGUGUUUUGGGGGGGUAUCCCGACUGGUACCAAAAAGCAGUUUUACACAAUGUUUGCAUUUGAAUUCAGUUUAUUAUCCCCCCCCCCCCCCCUUGGUAAAAGCAGUAACACUAGCAGUAUCUGUCUAGCUGUCCCCGAUUAAUACCAGGACCCAGAUGAGUUCGCUGCAGGCCGUCGGCAUACACACCUCCUCCACCACGAGUUUGUACUGCGAAUGUGGCCCCCCCCCCGCCCCCCGCAGUACCAGCCUCGUGCGGGAAGGCACCAUGAUUGGGAUAACCCUCAAACAUAUCACAUGUGUGCUUUGUUUGCAUUGGUAUCAUCUUAAAGUCUGAUUCAAGUCAUUUUCCCGAAGAGAAUCCAAAUGAUGCUUUUUUCAAGAAAUAGAAAAAUGAUAUUUCUGGCUGUUAUAAAAUCAAACCCUGUUUUGACAGUACAUUUCCCCAUUACAUUUACUGGUGGCGGGGGUGUUUGAGGGGAUUCCCGUGCGGCCCCCUUGCUGAUGAUCGUGGUUAUCGUCGCCCACGGUUGCUUUUACAGCAUUACUCAGCCCUUAUGUUACAAGGCUGAGAGAGCAGUGCUUACACACAGGUACCUGUCAGGCUCUGUAUCCUCUGGUCUGAAUCACGUUUGAAUGUGUGGUUUAGCCCCCUUGUCCGAUCGGAGAGGGCAGCGCGUCGGCCCUUUGCCUGACGGAUCCCGCUGGCCACCGGCUGUUGGGGUGGGCAGAGCUUUCUCAGAAAGGCCCUUUUUUUAGUUUGAUUGGUAAUGUAGUCUGACUUACGCUGAUCUCCAUGGUGGAAGCCAGAGGAAUGCAGCCGCUUUAUGGAGCCCAUGACUGCAGCUGCUGAAGCGGACUGUAGCACCAGGCGAAACGCAGAACAGCACGUUAUCCAGUCAGUCGGAAGACUGUGAUGGUUCACUCUUCCUCUCCAUUUGUGUCAAAUCGUUUUAACAGCCUUCUCAGUUUUCCUGUGAUGAUGAAUCCCAGUAGCAGACCAUUCGAAAGUGCGGUGGCACAUUGCAUAAGGGACUGGAUCAAGCCCCGCACGCACCCCUGCCCCCCCGUAUUGCACAGCUCAUGGCUGGACUAACAUGUUCUCAGGAACUGGGUGUGGGGAAAUAGUUUUGAAUACGAACGUUUUGUAAAGAGCCACCAAAUCGCAACACAGGAAAUGGGAAGCUGCCGGAAUCUCGACUCCUUUCCGGAUCCGACAGAGAUGCACACGGGCUGUGCUGCUCUUACCUGGUGGCUGGAGUCUUUGACUUUGCUCAAACUGGACUCUUAGCGGCUCUUAUGGACGGGUAGCGGCGGCUGGAGGGAAUGGCGACUAGGUGCAUCGCAGUCCCACCUCAGGAACCUCGCUCUGGCCCUAAGCGACAUCUGGAUGUUCACAGAGUGCUCACAUGCCUGACAGCGUUAUCGAGUUUACAGCCCUGAAAUAUGCAUCCGUUUGCAGUUCCUUCUUCUUGACUUGUUUUGUUUCUGUGUGUUUCUCUGUUCUUUUGUUUAUUAUUCUGUACUGUGAGCCCACUCUGGAUUUGGACCCACUUUUCCAUAUUGCCUUCACUUGUCUCUCAAAAAUACAAUGAUCAUUCCAAA